AUGACUGAACACUACGAUGCUGUCGUUGUUGGAGGCGGCUUUGCCGGUAUCUACCACCUUUACAUGCUCCGCAAGCUCGGCUUCAAGGUCCACCUCUACGAUGCUGCUGCCGACUUUGGCGGCAUCUGGAGACUCAACUGCUACCCCGGCGCACGCGUAGACAGCGAAGUGCCACUGUACGGUCUCUCGUUCCCAGAGGUGUGGAGAUCGUGGAACUUUUCCUGCAAGUAUCCUGACUACAAGGAGCUCCGUCAGUACUUCAACCACCUCGACGAGAAGUUGCAGCUUCGCAAGGACUGCAGCUUCAACCACCGUGUUCACAGCGCUCACUGGGACGAUGCCGCCCAGCAGUGGACAGUCACCGCAGGACCGAGCAAGGACAAGACCGUCACCGCCACUGCUCAGCACGUCAUCUUUUGCCUCGGCUUCGCCUCCAAGGUCAACAUCCCCAACAUCCCCGGCAUGGACAAGUACAAAGGCCAGAUCAUCCACACCGGCGAAUGGGAAGAGUCCAUCGACUGCACAGGCAAAAAGGUGGCCGUCAUCGGGACAGGCGCUUCGGGCAUCCAGGUCAGUCAGGAGAUCGGACCUCUCGUCGAUCGUCUGACCGUCUUUGUCCGCACUCCCAACCUCGCACUCCCCAUGCGUCAGCAGAAGCUCGACGCAAGCGCACAGGAAGCAUUCAAGGACAUCUACCCCGAGAUCUUUGACAAGCGCAAAAAGACCUUCGGCGGUUUCCACUACGACUUUGACCCUCGUGCUACCCUCUCAGUCUCUGACGAGGAAAGGCAGCAAGUCUUCGAGGAGCUGUGGGCGCGCGGCGGCUUCCACUUUUGGCUCGAGACCUUCCACGACCUGUAUGCAGAUAAGGCUGCCAACAAGACCGCCUACGACUUCUGGCAGAAGAAGGUCGAACAGCGUAUCCAGGAUCCCAAGAAGCGAGAGAUCCUCUGCCCCAAAGAGUGGCCCCACACCUUUGGCACCGUUCGACCGUCGCUCGAGCAAAACUACUACGAGGUGAUGAACCAGGACAACGUCGAGAUCGUGUCCAUCAAGCGAGGUGGCGAUGAGGGCAUCAAGGAGCUAACCGAGAAGGGAGUGCUGCUCAAUAGUGGCCGAGAGGUUGAGUUGGACCAGAUCAUCCUCGCAACGGGCUUCGAUACCCAUACCGGUGGCUUCAAGCAGAUCGACAUCCGCGGUAAGGAUGGUCUUCCGCUCACGGAGAAGUGGUCGCAGGGCUGCAACUCGCUCAACGGUCUCAACACUAGUAAAUUCCCCAACCUCUUCUUCCUGUACGGUCCACACGGACCUACCGCCUACUCGAACGGACCAUCUACGGUGGAGGUGCAGGCGGAAUGGGUGUGCGAGUUCAUCAAGUACAUGCGAGACAACAAGAUCGCCUCGUUCGACGUCCAGGGCGAGGCGGAGGCCAAAUUUGGAGAACACAUCAACGAGCUCUCUGCCAAGACGCUCUUCCACGAGAGUCACGGUUGGUACAUGGGUCGAAACAUCCCAGGCAAACCGGUGCAGGCUUUGAAUUUCACCGGAGGCAUUCCGAUGUACGUCACCGAGCUCGCCGAGUGCAAGAAGCAGGGUUAUGCCGGCUACGACCUCGUCAAGGCUUAG